AUGAUCCUUGGCAGACACUUGCAAAACUUUCAUAUAGCACUGAAAAGUGAUGCUGGAUUGGAUCAACGUUUAUAUAAUUUACCUACUACUGCUGAAAUUGCAGCAAUAUGGGUUGAUGAAAAUGAUGGUUCUCCUACUCAUGCACCGCACCUUCAAAUUUAUACUCACAGUGACAGGACACAAAGAGUAAACUACCAUUUUGGAUGCUAUGACCCUUUACAGUACCCGUUGUUAUUUCCAUAUGGUCAAGGGGGGUGGCAUUGUGGUAUUAAAAAGUUCCCCAAAGCAAAAUAUAUUCGUAGAAGUAGUACUCUGGUUGAAUUUGAACAAUUGCCGAAUAUAAAAAAUUUCACAUAUGUUGAUGGAUAUCUUGAUAUGGAAGCUCAAAAUCUGCAAAAAGGAAAACACAAAAGAGAUGCAGUUCCAGUUCGCGAAUACUACUGUUACAAACUUCAGAUGAGAAAUGAUGAUGAAGAUGAAAUUUUGCAUACAGGAAGAUUACUCCAGCAGUAUUCAGUUGAUGAAUAUAUAAAAUUAGAGACACAAAGAUUAGACUUUGUUUCAUUCAAUCAAGAUUUAUUCAGAAUGGGUAUACUGCAAGGACUUCUUGAUAUUCUAAGACUUGGUGAACGAGAUGCUUCUAAUGUUGGAAAACAAAAUUUUUUGCCAAAUUGUUUUAUAGGAGGUCCUAGAGAUAUGCGUCAGCGUUAUAUGGAUGCUAUUGCAUUAGUGCAACAUUUCAGAAAACCUGAUUUGUUUAUAACUAUGACAUGUAGCCCAUCUUGGACUGAAAUAAAAGAACAUCUGUGGUCAACUGACAAGGCACAAGAUAGACCUGAUUUGAUUACUCGAGUGUUCAGGGCUAAAAUAGAAGAACUGAAGACGGAUAUAUUAAAACGAAAUAUCUUUGGAAAAGUUGUUUCUUUUAUGUACAGUGUGGAGUUUCAGAAAUGA